CACACAUGGAUCCAAAGAUGAAACACAAACACAAACAAUAUUGUUCCGACAGGGCAAAGGCGGCGGCGGCCUGCAAAAGGCACCCGAAACACAGGCAAUCGGCCGGAGUUUGCUCCAUUUGUCUAAAUGAAAAGCUCUUAAAAUUAAGCAAUAAUAAUAAUAAGAAAGUUUUUUCCAAAGUAGUGGCAAAUUACUACUCUCGAUCUUCUUCUUCGGAUCUUUCUACUUUGUCUUCUUCGAACGAAUCUUCAUAUUCGUCUCCCGUAAAGAAUAACCGUGUGGAAUUUUAUGAAGCCGGAAAAUCGAAGAGGGUUUUCAAGAAUAUUGAAGUUCUCAAAAAGAGUAGGUCAAUGGCUUUUUUCUUUCAACGAAGAAAAGACGACGAUGAGAAUUACGAGAAGAAAGUUGAAAUGAAAAGAGGGUUUUGGUCGAAAUUGUUUAUGUUGCCACGAAGAAACGUGAAGUUGACGCGCUCUAAAACUACGAGAGAAAGGGUUAUUACAACAGCUUAUUGAUGGUGAUAAUUUGUGUAUAGGUUUUUCCCAUGGAGCUAUGUAGGGUUUUUUUUUUUUUUUUGGCUAGAUU